AAUCUACUUUAUAAAGUUCUUGACGGUUUUGACAGCAGCGAGUGGACCUGACUGCUUCUCUCACCGGGAUCUUAAGAGUUUAACUACGCCAGGAAUCAAUCAAAGAGUUAUUCAGCUCAUUCCACACAGUAUUAGGAUCCAUCAUGACUGCCUACAAACUGGUGCUGAUCCGCCACGGAGAGAGCAGCUGGAACCAGGAGAACCGGUUCAGCGGCUGGUUCGAUGCCGACCUGAGCGAGACCGGGGAGAAGGAGGCGAGGAGAGGUGGCCAGGCCCUCAGAGAUGCUGGCUUUGAGUUUGACAUUUGCUACACUUCCGUGCUGAAGCGGGCCAUCAGGACACUGUGGCUGGUCCUGGACGGCAUUGACCAGAUGUGGGUGCCGGUGCACAGGACCUGGCGGCUCAACGAGCGCCACUACGGAGGCCUGACGGGUCUGAACAAGGCAGAGACCGCUGCCAAGCACGGAGAGGCUCAGGUGAAGAUCUGGAGACGCUCCUUCGAUAUUCCUCCUCCCGUCAUGGGCCCAGAUCAUGACUACUACCCUAUCAUCAGCAAGGAUCGUCGCUAUGCGGACCUGACUGACGAGCAGCUUCCCUCCUGCGAGAGCCUGAAGGACACGAUCGCACGGGCGCUACCCUUCUGGAACGACGAGAUCGCCCCUCAGAUCAAACAGGGCAAGAGGGUGCUCAUCGCCGCCCAUGGAAACAGCCUGCGGGGGAUUGUUAAGCAUCUGGAGGGAAUGUCGGAUGAGGCCAUCAUGGAACUGAACCUGCCCACUGGCAUCCCCAUCCUCUACGAGCUCGACAAAAACCUGAAACCUGUGAAGCCUAUGCAGUUCCUGGGAGACGAGGAGACCGUACGUAAGGCCAUGGAGGCCGUGGCUGCUCAGGGGAAGGCCAAGAAGUAAAGUAAUGGGAGAGCAAACACCGCUCUCUGUGGGUUCGAGUACCGACUGGCCUCAGAUUAGUGUUUUCGUUUCCAAGCCCCAAUUUAUUUUUGGAUGAUCUACCGUAGAUUGUUGUCAGAGACGACCUCACUCUACAUGAACAGUGCAACGAGAGUAUAUGGUGAAGGGAUUGGAAAUAUUAGAGAGCCACAGUUCUCAGGAGUUUGUUAGUAACAAUUUGUGCUCUUCUUUCUAUGUCUCACCAAGUUUGGUCAUUUUGAACCACUACUUCACGAUCAGCAUUCCACCGCACAAGUGUUACAUUUAUUUGGAUUGUACUCCACCUGUUAAAAUCAUAUUUAACUGAUGAUUUAAAAAGUCUACAUUUACCACCUUUGGUCUGUCCUUGCCUCUUGGUGUCAUGUCAUGUAUUCCUGUGCCUCUGCCCCCUCAAGUAGAUCACUGCAUCUGGCCUCACAGAAUUGUGAAGCAGCAGAGGUGGUUUUAGGUGUCUGUGAAUGGAGCAUCGAAUUACUGUGUGUCUCUUACAAUAUUUUCAUUUUACCUUAGGAAAUGUACUUCCCUCUGUGUUGGUUAAAUGAACCCGGGAAGCUCUAAUGUAAUAAAUGUGCACUUGUCCAAUUCCAAAUCAA